AUUUUAUAUUAGAAAAAUAAAUCUAUGAAUUAUGAAUUUUUACUUCUUUAAUUAUCGAAGCAGAUCAUGUUUUUCUAUCAGUAUUAAUAAAUUAUUUAGUUUCCAAUAAAUAAGGGGAUGUUGCCUUAGGAGAACAAUGUUAGUAUUAGCAUUUUUUCUAUUUUCAAUUUUAUAUAAUACGUACAUAAGAAAUAUGAAUAGAAUUUAAAUCAAUCCUUUAAUAUUCAAAGACUCGGAGCUGAAAGGAUUAAUAACGCGCGCGAUUAAUUAGGAUCAUCAAAGCACCCCCCGAGUGUCUCCGCGUUGUUGCCUGCGGAGCGUCAUAAAAAUACACCUGGUGUAAUCUACGAAGAUAGUAUCGGCUCGAGUACGACUCUUUCGGGCGAGGGGGAGCGUGAUAUAUCAUCGAGAGAUCCAAUCUCCGCGAUAUUACAUCGGUUAUGACGGAUUCCUGGCGUAAUUCACCGACUGUAAGAACAGCUCGCGCCCCAACCCUGUUUUGCGCGCACACGCAUACACAUACACGCAUAGUCAUAAGGGAGGGGAAUCCUCGUACGGGAUCGGGCACGAGAUAAUUCAAGAUGGAGUCAGGGAGUCAGGCGCAGCGCAUCUGCCCGCGUCGCUAUUAUUCCAAGUACAUGCACUCCGCCGUUUAACCUCCUCCACGUAUCUCCGCGGCAUUUUGAAUGGCGAAACUUCAACAAAAGUCUACCCUCUACCUGAGCCUCCGCACGCAUCAACGAAUCUCAACGGCCGGCGGAGCGAGGGACUUAAUUCCGGUCCUAGACAGAGCGCGUCCAGAAUUACGGCGCCGCAGAAAUUACGGGCUCUAUUAACUAGACCAGUGACGCUGUGAGAAUUUUCAAACCGUAGGAUUGCUUGAUGAUACUGAAAACACAGCUGCUUAUUUGAAUAUUUGAAUAUGAGUUUGCUGCUUUCUUAUAUUAUUGAAGCAAUCCUGAAAAUACUGCGAAUUAAUUACUGAAUUUCACCGGACGAAUUAAUUCUGAGAUGACAAUAAAAUUUACGGGAAGUUAGUUUAAAUCUUAAAUAUAAAGAGGUUAACGCGAGAGAUAUCGGAAGUGCGAUAGGUUCGAACCGACUUGAGUCCGCCAGGUCUCUUCAAAGAGAUACAAAAAGUCAGAAACUAUUGUUUCUUUUUUUUAUAUUAAUCAUUUUCCUCCGAAAGACGGUAAUAACAUUUUCGAGACAGGAACAGCGAGAAAUCAUUAUACUAUUUAUCAUCUUAUUUGCUUUCUAAUGAGCACUAGAAAGUUAAAUUUGGUCAAGCGGAAUUAUUAAAUUUUUGUAUAUUAUAUUUUAACUCUGCUUAUUUAUUCGGUUCGAUUUACUUGAUACAAAAUAUAUUUUAUUUUCUUACUAAUAAUAUUUUGUUUUGAAAAUUCUUUCUCUAAGAGAAUUUGAUGGACUUUGUCAAUGUAAAAUCUGUUAUUUUUAUACUUUUUAAAAGUGUUUUAUUAAAUAACUAAAUGAUAUAAUUGUAUAGUAAAUUUGAAUAAAAACAUCAGAGUUAACAUUUAUCUAUUUUAAUUUCAUAAUUAACAAAAUUGUAAGUAAUUUUUCUUGUGACGCAAGGCGUAAAAUACUAGGAAAUUUCAUAUUAUAGAAAUCUAUUUGAUUUGGAUAUUCGGAUAUUAGUAUGGAUUUGUUAUUUUAUAUUAUAGUAGAUCUUUUUGCAGAAAAUAUCACAAAUUAAUCGCCUUGUAUCAAAACAUUUUUUUUAUGAUUUACAAAACUAUGAGUAAUUUUUUACAACACAAAGCGUAAAUAUAUCAGAGAAUUUUAUAUUUUUAUAUUUAUUGAACAUCCUUGGAAUUUACUGGAACUAAAAGUACAAUAUUAAUUUACUAAGUGGCAGUCACAACAUUGAUAAUCUAUUCAGGGUUUGCUCGUGAGGAAUGCAAAUAUACGUAAUGUAAAGGGAUUGUUAUGCGCAACGUCGCGUGGGGUGCGAGGAAGCUGCCUUCCUUCUCACCUUCGAAACGAAGGUGACUCUCGCGAAGUGGUGCUCGCAGUGGCGGGGAUGAUGACGCAACCCCCUGUCGCCUCGUAGCAGUGACGUUCAACCCCCGUCAGGAACGAACCACUCCUUUCGUCAGGUCCGCCCUUUGCCGAGGGUAGGGAAGCCCUCCGCCAAUGAGAUGCGCUUUCCACAUAGCAGCAUCAAAACUGUUCACUAUCGGUGGUUAGCAUCAAAAAGUCUCGACUAAGGUGACUCUCAGUCACAUUUUACCCCGGUGUUAGUCCUCAGCGUGCCGCUGCAGCCAGAAAGUGAUGUCGUAAAAACACGGAAGACUAGCGCCGUCCUAGCUGAAAAGUCCGGCUUUGAGAAAAAAAAAAUCCCAUUGUGUGCGCGGUGCGAUUUGGUCAAAGUUCUGUCUCUCACUCGGCGCCUCUUCAAUGACCAUUGUGCAGUGACGAUCUCGAAAGGAUGCAGAAUCAGGAGUCACAGAUGCCACACAUGCCAGUUCCUCCGCCAAAGAUGCCGGCAUCUUCAAGCCGCAUUUUGUAUGACAUACCCUGUAAAGUGUGCCGGGAUCACUCAUCAGGAAAGCAUUACGGCAUAUUCGCCUGCGACGGAUGCGCCGGUUUCUUCAAACGAUCGAUUAGAAGGAAUCGCCAAUACGUGUGCAAAGCGAAAUCCGAGGGGGGUUGCAUGGUGGAUAAGACUCAUCGGAACCAGUGUCGUGCCUGCCGAUUGGCAAAAUGCAUUCAGGCCGGCAUGAACAAAGACGCCGUGCAACACGAACGAGGCCCACGGAACUCGACGCUUCGUAGACAAAUGGCCCUAUACUUUAAGGAACCUGAAAUUAUGAGUAGCAUGGUGGCACCGCCGCCAACGGCUUUAGACCUCGUUCUGCCUAAAGCGCCGUCGGAACCACGCGUCUCCGUGCCUGGACCAUCGCCCCAUCCUUCCCUUCCGCAUCCGAUAUAUUGCAACGCGUUGACAGUAUCGAAAAUACCGUCGAAUAUUCCGAACCUACAGUUGCCGUUUAUCCCCUCGAUCAACCCCGAGGCUAUAUGCGAGCAGGCCGCAAGGUUACUUUUCCUAAACGUGCACUGGGCGCGAAAUCUAGUGUCGGAAACGAAUCUCGUGAUGGAGGACCAGCUGACGUUGCUCGAAUCAUCGUGGCGCGAGCUCUUCCUGCUGGCCGCCGCGCAAAUGAUACCGACUCUAGAUCCUACGCCCUUAUUACCACAGAAUGUGCUGCCGCAAAGUAUCAGCUUGAUGAUCGAGGUGAACCGUUUCCGCGAGACCCUGGCCGCCGUCCACGCAAUGAAUCUGGACCAACACGAGUUUGCCUGUAUCAGGGCAAUAGUGCUCUUCAAGGCCGGUCUGGACAGUGAAUCGGUAUCCAGUAAUAGGAGCACCAACAGCAACUCACCUAGUCCCGGAAGCCGGCUUAGAGAUGCGGUUAGCGUCGCCCGACUGAUGGACAGCGCCCAAUUGGCUUUAGGACAACGGCUCAGCGGGGCGUCCUACGGAACCCUCAGGCUUAAUAAGCUGCUACUGCUGCUACCUACUCUGCGCUCGGUAUCUGCACACGCUAUCGAGGAGCUUUUCUUUAGAACCACCAUCGGCGUGAUCCCGAUUGAAAGGAUCAUUUGCGACGUGUACAAGGCAUCUUAAUGCAACAGACCCGUCCCGACAAAGCAAUAUUGAAUCUUGAGGAAGGCAUUUAUUUGUUAUGUUUUUGUUCUUGCUCAUUAAGAUUUUUUUAAUACUCAAUAUUUAACGUAUUUUUCGUAUAAGAAGAGAAACAAAUUUUUCGAAGUAUAUAAUUUAAAAUUAUUUUUGUUUUUAUUCUUUUCAUUGCUGCACAAGAAAGAAUUGUAAAAAAUUUUAUUUUAAUUUUAUUGGAGCCUGCUAGUACACAUCAAAUGCGACAAAUUUGCAAUAAUUCUAUAACAAUUCUAUAGAAGAAUUUUUAUUUAAUUUUUACUCAUAGCAAAUUCGAUUGACUGCAGUAUAUAGAUAACAUGUUACAGAAUAUUACAUUUAUACUUACACAUUUAUAAUUAUAUUUAUAAUUUUAAUUUUUAUUAAUUAAAAUUAUUAAUUAUUUUUAAAAAUUGUUAUUAAUAAUUUUAAUUGUAUAAUUACACACAUUAACAUUAUAUAUAAAUAAUUUAAACUUAUCCUACAAUUUAUCACAAUAGUUUGAUUAAAUAUAUGUUGAACAUUUAAUUGAUUAAAAUUUAUAUUUUUAGCUAUAUCUGUGUUAGUGCAUACAAUUGAAUUCGCUAAUAAAGAAGAAAAUUGAGGCACGAUUACGCGUAAUCGUAAAAACAAUCGUACGAGCAAAGUGUUAAUAUGAGAAUAAUCAUAGAUAUAAGUUUUAUUAAAAGACAGAGACAAAAUAAAAUUGUGUUUUCCGAGGUUUUUGUGAUAUGCAAAAAAAGUCUGUCUAAAACGUUCAAGAAUAAAAUGCUUCGAUAAAAACAAUAUACUGAAAAUUAAAGAACGCAUGUAAAUACAAGUGUAAAAAUAAUGUAGCUUCGUUACGUUCUAAUUACAUAAUUAAGAUAAAUAAAGAAAAUGUAGAAUGAUAUUGCGACGGAUAUCAAAAACAACGUGUAUAUAAAUAGGAUUCAAGACAUGUAAAUAAAACGUUAUACAUCUUCAA